AUGGCACCGCAGACGCGAGCGCCUGGAGGCCUCGCUGCGUGGGAUGACAGGGCUUGCAGGCCAUUGCCAAGUCUUGAACGCGAGGCAGGAAGCGAUUCGCUUUUCUUCCCACGGUCGGCUCAGCUGUUUUCCGCCUCCCUCUGCUCACCGGACCGUUCGCGUCCGCGUCUUCCUCUCGUCGCCGCCCUCCUCGUGUGCUGUCUCUGUUUCCCUCCCCUAUGCCCCGAAGGCUGCUCUGCUGUGAGCGUCGGGUCUGCGACUUGGAGCCACGUCCUGGAGUCGCCCAGCAUGUUGUUCGUGCUCCGUCCCAGCUCGCCCACGGCGUCCACGCCGUUCUCCCCUGGUCGUGGAAGAACAGCCAUCGGCGGGCCUUCGUGCGGCAGUCUGGGGAAUUCGUGUCUUUUCCACUCCCGCGUUUCGAAGAAAAGCUCCACCCUGUUUUCUUCGCCACUUCACAAGUCUGUCGUGUCGCGUUCCGUGUCUCAAAACGCCUCAGUGGAGACGAGCGGCGACUCUGAUCACGCGCAGCUGGCGAGCUGUCUCGCGUCGUCCCGGAACUCUUCGCUGCCUUCCCUCCAUACGGCGCAAAAGCACAUCCCAACGACUUCUCGCUUGAGCGCCCUACACGAUGAUACGUUCUCGCCAGGCGCCUCCAGCUCUCCCGCCCGCAGCAGAAGAGGAGCAUGCGGAGAUGUCUGUGAACCGCGUGACGCUUCUGGGGCGUCUAGGUGCCAUGCCGGAGAUUCGCCGAAUGUCGAACGGCGACACGUUUGCGUGGUUUUCGAUGGCCACGUCGGUGAAUUGGAUCGACAAGGUGAGCAUGAACGAGGCGCAGUCACGCUCACUCUCGCACCGAAUGGCACCGUGUUGUCGUCUACGACGAGGCCCUCGUCGACCUGGUGGAUAAAUAUCUUCACGUUCUCUCGCUCACUUCUUCUGUCUCCACAUCAUUUCCUACGGAAGUGUCCGAGUGGGUUGCCUUGUGUCGUCUUGUCGGCUUUUCCACUUGUCUCCAGCACUGGCCGCCGCGUAUUCGUCACCGGGAAACUUCAGACUCGGCGGUGGACUGGCGCGGACGGCGUAGAUCGCUAUUCGACCUCGGUGGUUGUCAGCCGCUUGCAGGGCGAGAUCAUUAUUCUUGAUUCGCCUUCUUCAGCUCCGUCCAGUUAUUCCAGUUCCACCGAGCCUCGCCAGCCAGGCGCCUCUGACUGGGCUGCAGGAGACGUAGGCGUGCCUGGUGGGGAAGGGAGUGGAGGCGAUGAAGGCGAAGUUCUCGGCUCUUUCGGUGACAGCGGCGACGGACAGGGAGCGAGCGGCCCCUCCGGCGGCGCUGGGCGGAACGGCCUCGACGGGUCAGCAGCUGGCGGCAUGUAUCGCCUUUUCCGCUAA